AUGAAGUUUAUACCUAGAACAGUGUUCCCCAAGUAUAAUGUACCGUUGGCCAACUUGAAAGGUCAUCAGAGAGCUGCAUUAUCGGAUCUCAUGCACUUAGCUCCUCAAAUAGAUUAUGUGCUCGAAGUAAGGGAUGCUAGGGCCCCGUUAGCCUCAGCUAAUGGUUUGAUCGAUAAAGUGUUAGCUAAGAAACCUAAAAUGGUUUUGUAUAACAAAUUAGAUUUGGCAGUCACAAAGCCCAAACUAAUAGAGAAGUUUCACAAGGAAAGAAAUGAAGAUUGUAUGUUUUUAUCAGCCAAGAAUACCUCAGAUGUUAAGAAAUUAGUAUCUAGAUUACAAACCAAAUUCGGUACUUAUGAAAUACCUCCCCCUCUAGGGUUCAGAGUAGCUAUUGUAGGUAUGCCUAAUGUUGGUAAAAGUAGUAUGAUCAAUUCUUUAAGACAAAUUGGAAUGAAAUUACGAGACAUUGUUACACAAAAGAAAUAUAAAGUAGCAAGGACAAGUGAUUACCCUGGAUUGACUAGAAAAACAAGUGAAGCUAUCAAAAUCAGUGAAGACCCUUUAAUUUAUAUUUACGAUGCUCCAGGUAUUAUGGUCCCCAGUGUUAAAGAUGCUGAAACUAUGAUCAGUUUAGCCUUAAUUCAUAGUGUUCAAUCAGAAUUAGUUGAUCAUUACAUUCAAGCAGAUUAUCUUUUAUAUUUACUUAACCUCCAGAACCCCAGUGGAAAGCAUUACAGGAAGUUCAUUGAUCAUCCUACAAAUUCUAUUGAUGAGUUGUUAGUAUCUUAUGCUAAGAAAUCCAAGAAUUAUCAGGAGAGUAAAUUCAAUAUCGAAAACACUGCCAGAAAUUUCGUUGACCAUUUCAGAGUUGGUUAUAAAGUACCUUUUGCUAUGCUCGAGAAAGACACACUUGUAGAAUCACUGGAGAAAUGGAAUGAUAUAUUGAAAACUGAAACCAAUAGACUCAACGAAUCUCCUUUGAUCAAGGAAUUGGGUCAAAGAUUAGGAGAUGAUUAUUCUGGGAUGUCUAAAAACAGAAAGAGAAACGCUAAAGACAGGAAAGCUGAUUUGAACAACAUGCUUUUCAAAUUAUAG